AAGAAAGAAAGAAAGAAAGAAAGAAAGAAAGAAAGAAAAAGAAAUGCUCUCAGAAGCAGAUCCCUGCAAUUGCAACUUUCCACAUCUCAUCCGACAAGAACGCUGGAAAUCCAGGCUGAGAACUCUGUCAGGGGCAGCAGCCAGCUGUACAAAAGAGCGAUGGAGUGGGCAAGCCAGCUUGGCCCCAGUGCACCAGUCUCCUUUGUGGCUACUCUACUCAGCCUCUGUUCCAGACCUCCCAGUCACUGCCUUCUGCUGCUCUAUGGCAGGGACAGCGCGCCAUGACUGGGAGAUGGCAAUCCAAUCCAAGAAAAAGCUCUCCACCGCUACCGAUCCUAUUGAAAGACUGAGGUUGCAGUGCCUGGCCAGGGGUUCUGCAGGCAUCAAAGGACUUGGCAGAGUGUUUCGAAUUAUGGAUGACAAUAACAACCGAACCCUCGAUUUCAAAGAAUUUUUGAAAGGCUUAAAUGAUUACGCUGUGGUCAUGGAAAAAGAGGAGGCAGAAGAACUUUUCCGGAGAUUCGAUAGAGAUGGCAGUGGAACAAUAGACUUCAAUGAGUUUCUUCUCACGUUAAGGCCUCCAAUGUCCAGAGCCAGAAAAGAGGUAAUCAUGAAAGCUUUUAGAAAGUUAGACAAAACUGGAGAUGGGGUUAUAACCAUUGAAGACCUUCGUGAAGUUUAUAAUGCUAAACACCAUCCAAAGUAUCAAAAUGGGGAAUGGACAGAGGAGCAAGUCUUCAGGAAAUUUCUGGAUAACUUUGACUCACCCUAUGAUAAAGAUGGAUUGGUGACCCCCGAGGAAUUCAUGAACUACUAUGCAGGUGUAAGUGCAUCCAUUGACACAGAUGUGUACUUCAUCAUCAUGAUGACGACGGCUUGGAAGCUCUAAAGACCUGUCCCUGGAAACUAGGCCAUGCAUGCAGUCAUGUGACUCCGAGUGAUUACGCUCCACCCCCAAACUUAGAAUGCUCUUCAAUUCACUGUUCAUCAAACAGACUCUUCUUUGCCAGCACACUGUAUUUUCUAGGCUGACAAGAGGGCAGAAAUAAAGUCACUAAUAAUUAACUAUGA